AUGAGUAUAUUUGAACAAGAGAUAUCAAAACAAAUAUCAGCAAUGGUAGAUAUACCAGCAGAUCAAGUUAUUCAAUGUGUAGAAGCACCAAAGAAUAAGGAUUUGGCCGAUUUUGCUUUACCGUUGCCAAAGCUUAAUCGUUUCAAGAAACUUGCAGGAGCACCUAAUCAAUUGGUCAACGAAUUGGCAAACAAGUUUGUAUGCAAUGACUUGAUCACCAAGGUGUCUGUUAGUGGAAUCUACCUCAACUUUAACGUCAAUCGUCUACAACAAACCAGUAUCAUUAUCAAGCAAGUGCUUGCAGAGGGAGACCGUUUCGGUGUAUCGCAAGCCACGUUUGACGCCAACCAAGAGAAACACAUUAUCCUCGAAUUCUCUUCCCCCAACAUUGCCAAGCCAUUCCAUGCCGGUCAUCUCCGUUCAACGAUUAUUGGUAACUUUUUGGUCAACCUUCAUCGUGCCGUUGGUUACAAGGUCACCUCUAUGAACUAUCUAGGUGAUUGGGGUAAGCAAUAUGGUUUGUUGGCCAUUGGUUUUGAACGUUUUGGUAGUGAAGAGGAACUCCAAAAGGAUCCAAUCGCUCACUUGUUCCACGUCUAUGUCAAAAUCAACGCACAAGCCGAAACUGAACCAUCGAUUCACGACGAUGCUCGUUCCUACUUUAAACGUAUGGAAGAUGGUGAUGUCGAUGCUCUCGCCAUUUGGAAACGUUUCCGUGACGUAUCCAUCGAAAAAUACAAAGCCAUCUAUGCUCGUCUCAACGUUAGCUUUGAUAUCUAUUCUGGUGAAAGUUUAAUGUGUGAUGGUAUGGUUCACGCUUAUGAUAAGUUGGUUGAAAAGAAUCUUGUCAUUGAAUCUGAAGGUGCUAAAGUUAUUGAUUUAGAAGCAUAUAAAUUAGGAAAAGUAUUAGUAAAGAAAAAAGAUGGAUCAACAUUGUAUAUUACACGUGAUAUUGCAGCUGCCAAUUAUCGUAAGGAAGAUUUAAAGUUUGACAAGAUGAUCUAUGUUGUUGCAUCUCAACAAGAAUUACAUUUCCGUCAACUUUUCAAAAUCGUCGAAACUAUGGGUUAUGAAUGGAGUAAAGAUUUAACUCAUAUUGGUUUUGGUAUGGUUAAAGGAAUGUCAACUCGUAAAGGAACUGUCGUUUUCUUGGAAGAUAUAUUAAAUGAAUCAAAACAAAUUAUGGGUGAAGUAAUGAAAAAGAAUGAAGCCAAGUAUGCUGAAAUUGAAAAACCAGAUGAAGUAGCUGAUAUUCUUGCGGUUUCUGCUGUUGUGAUUCAAGAUUUCUCUGCCAAACGUAACAAGGAUUACGAUUUUAACUGGGAUCGUAUGCUUUCAUUUGAAGGUGAUACAGGACCAUAUCUUCAAUACGCUCAUGCCCGUCUCUGUUCGAUGGAACGUAAAAACAACGUUGCCAUCAACAAGGAUGCCGACCUUGGUCUCUUGACCGAACCAGAGGCAUACACCUUGGCCGUUACCAUUGGUCGUUAUGGUGAUGUCCUCCAAGGUGCCCUCAACAAUUUGGAACCAAACGUUGUUGCCACCUAUCUCUUUGAAUUGUGUCAUGCCAUCUCUUCUGCUCACAGUGUCCUCUAUGUCAAGGACCGUGAACAAAACCUCGCCGAAGCUCGUACCGCUCUCUUUCAUUGUGCCAAAAUCAUUCUUGGUAAUGGUUUACGUAUUCUUGGUUUAGUUCCUUUGGAACGUAUGUAA